AUGGCUUAUUCUAGUUCAACACGGGACUUUGUUGCACUUUCAGAUCUGCAUCCAAAUCUUGCUCGUCCUAAUGUAAUCGGUGUGGUUAUUGGGAAAACAGAUGUCAGAGGCUUUCCAGACAGAAAAAACAUCGGUUCUGAAAGAUACACCUUCAGUUUUACUAUUCGUGAUUCACCAACUUACUUUAUAAAUGUACAUUCUUGGGGCAGAGAAGAAUAUAUUAGAUCACUUUCAGAAAGCUUUAGAGUUGGUGACUGUGUUACAAUUGAAAAUCCUUUAGUUCAGUCAAAGGAAGCGGAAAGGGAAGAAAAAUUCAACCCUGUAACUCCUAGUUGCUACAAGCUAUUGCUCAGUGAAAACCAUUCAGUGGUCAAAACGUCUUCAUGUUAUGAAACGGACACGAAACUACUUUCUCUUUUGCAUCUGCCUGUCAAGGACCCUCAGGAUUAUUAUUCACUGGGUGAUAUCAUUGCAAAUGGACAAAGCCUCGAUGGAAGAAUCCUUAAUGUGCUUGCAGCUGUAAUGUCAGUUGGGGAGCCGAAGUAUUUUGUGACUUCAGACAAAAGAAAAGGUCAGAGGUGUGAAGUAAAGCUGUAUGAUGAAACAGAGAUGUCUUUUCCAAUAGUAUGUUGGGAUAAUGAAUCUAUCCAGCUUGCACAGAGUUGGAUCCCACGAGAAACAGUAAUAUUUGCAUCAGAUGUGAGAAUAAAUUUUGACAAAUUUAGGAACUGUAUGACUGCAACUGUGAUAUCAAAAACCAUCAUUACAACUAACCCAGAAACAGCAGAAGCAAAGGUUCUCUUCAGUUUCAUGAAAGAGAGUGUACAACCAGGGGUUUUGCAUGAUAAAAUGGAGGAGCAGUCCAAAGAAUCCAUUAACUUGGAGACUAUAGUUGAUGUUUAUACUGUGGAACAGCUGAAAGAAAAAGCUUUACAGAGUGAUGGGACACUUGAACCAGUCUAUGGCAUUAUUUAUGGCUACAUUUCUACACUAGACAUUGAUGAUAAUACAUCUAAAGUUAUUCGCAACAGAUGUUCAAUAUGCCGCUUCAUAGUGAAUGAAAUGUCAAACACAUGCACUUUCUGCAGUGAUGUCUCUUCAGAUUUAAAGUCAACUUUUGCAAGCUUUGACAUACUCGUUGAUCUGACAGAUCACACAGGCACUCUUUAUUCUUGUUACCUGUCUGACUGCGUAGCUGAGGAAACAUUAGGCUGCACUGUCCACGAAUUCCUCACUCUAGCAGAAGACAAGAAGACUGCACUGAAAUGGCAACUUCUUUUGGAACGAAGCAAGAUUUAUUUUAAAGUUACUCUGUCACCCAGUUGGCGAACCGGACUGAAAGUGAAUGUUCUUUCAUGCAAGCUAGCAGACCUGAUAGAGGCGAGUCAGAGCUUGUUGGGAAAAGAGAUUGGAAAUAAGAGAUUGCAUUAUUAA